AUUAAUCAAUAAAAAAAAAUUCGCAACCUUUUAAUUGCAAUAUAUUUUUGGCAUCACAUCUUUUUUUUUAAUUUUGUCUUGAUUAAUUUCUAAAUUCAGUCUUUUUUAAUGAUCAUUAAAAUGAAUACGAUUAUAAAUACCGCCACCAUAAUCAUCAUGAUGAUGAAUAAAUGGGGUCAGUUUAAUUAUGUUUUCAAAAUAAAAAAAAAUCGCAUUUGGCUCAAUAAAAAUCUCAUUUCCCUUUCGUCGCGAAUGGCUCACUUUCACUUGACCAUUCCAUUUUAUUUUAUUCUGAUGAUGAUAAGAAAAGUCUGUAAUUGAACACCUAAUAAAAUGAAGAAAAAAGUCUUUUUUUUCGCAUCAAUCACGAAAACAACAAUUAUUUUCAAUACGAAAAAAAAGAGACGACGUAUCAAACAAACAAGUUGUGGAUUUUCAUCGAAAUUAUUGGAUCGUGAAAAGAAAAACAGACAGACACGCACGAGAUCUCUCUCUCUCUUUUUGUUGUGAAUCACUUUCUCUUUGAUAAUUUUUUCUCACAUUAAAAUAAUGUCAUAGCAUUUCGUGUUUGAUUUCAUUUGAGCCAUUUUUAUCGUCAUCUUCAUCGUCUUUGUUGUUGUUGUUGUUGUUGAUAUCUGUUCAUCGUCAUCAUCAAUAAUAAGCCAAAUUAUUUAACCAGAUGAUGAUGAUGAUGAUGAAAUGACCGAAAAUCAUCCUUUUUUGUUAUAAAAGGAUAGUAAAUACAAUAAUUUGAAAAAAAUCGACCCAUAUGAUGAUGAAUCGCCAUCGUACAUUGACCAAUAGUUUUCAUGAACAAUUGGAUAAUAUAAAAUCGACUAGCCUACCACAAAUGAAACAGUUUAUACAAAAAAGAAUAGCUAAAUGUAAAAUUCCAACAAUUAAUCGUAUGAUGAAACGAUCAUUGAUGACCGGUGGUUAUUCAUCAUCGAAAACUCUUACCAAACAUUCCGAAAGUGAUUAUGAAUUUGGUUGGGGUUCCGAUUUUGAUGACGAUGAUAAUGAUGAUGAUUUUGACGAUGAAAUUGUGGAUGAUGAAGGAGUGUAUGAAAUCGAAAAAUUAACAAAUUCGAAUCAGGAUGAUUUACAAUUCAAUGAACAAAAUGACAAAGAAAUGUUCAAAACAUCACCCAUUUCAAGACAUACAAGACGACCAAUUUCGGAUCCUCCACCACCACCAUUACCAAAAUGCCCACCUCCAGAUUUAUUGGAAGAGGCCAUACUAUUGAAUUCAGCUACAAGUUCAAAAGAUAAUUUCUAUGAAACAUUAUCGGCAAAGAUGGACAAUUGUUCACAAAUCAUUGACAAUAGUGAUUAUCUAAUGCCAAACAUUCCAUUAAGAUCAAGUGAUAAGAUUAAACCUGGUUUUCGUUCUAGUCCAAAUAUUACAUCGGUGACAGAUCGUCCAUUACCACCGAUACCGAGAUAUCAAUACAUUCAAAAUGAUGAUAUAUUUAAAAAUCAUCCAUGGUUUCUGGAUAUUGAACGUGAUGAAUCAGAAAUCCUAUUACGUAGAUGUAAUAUUAAUGGUGGAUUUCUGGUACGAAAAAGUAAACGUGCCGGCAUUUGUAUGCCAUACACAUUGACAUUAUAUUUUAAUCAUCGUAUAUUUCAUUUAAAUAUUCGUAUACGGCCUGAUCAACAAUUCGCAUUAGGAACUGAAAAACUAAAAGAAAAGACAUUUCGAACGAUAGCCGAUUUAAUUGAACAUCAUUAUCAUGAGCCAAUUUAUUUAACAUCAAGAGGAAUGAUUGCUGGCAAAACUACAUUGAUCUCGAUGCCAUUUGGUUACCAAUAACAUACGCUAUAAUACACUAUACAUUCAUCGUUUCCGCUGUACAUGCAUGCAUGUAAUUAUGAUCAUGGACGACGAAAUGAUAAAAUUUCAUUUGACAAUUGUAUAUCAUCAUCAUCAUGAGCAUUAAUGACGACAAUUUAUAUUCACAUUUGCUAUAUAUUCAAUUUCCUUUUUAAAAAAAUAUAUACUAAGCAACAACAAAGUUUAGUACAUCCAACCCAAUUUGUUGCAGUGCAUUAUUUAAUAAUCCCAUCAUAAUUAAAGAUGUGAACAAAUAUUCGAAGAAA